CGCACAGACACAGUCACACAGCGUUGCGCGCCAAGGAGAGAGCUUAUUGCAAAUUACUCUGUGGACCGAACCGGUCGGUCGGAAUAAUAAGCAGCAGAGAGAGAGAGAUGGGGAAGCUGACGCUGGGGCACCGCGGCGAGGCGUCAGAGCCGGACUUCUUCAGGGGCGUCCUCGGCGAGCUCGUCCUCACCUUCCUCUUCGUCUUCAUCGGCGUCGGAGCCGCCAUGACCGACGGAGCGACGACGAAGGGUAGCACCGCUGGAGGCGAUCUGACGGCGGUGGCGCUGGGGCAGGCGCUGGUGGUGGCGGUGAUCGCGACGGCGGGGUUCCACAUCUCCGGCGGCCACGUCAACCCGGCCGUGACGCUGUCGCUGGCCGUCGGCGGGCACGUCACGCUGUUCCGCUCCUCCCUGUACAUCGCCGCCCAGAUGCUCGGCUCCUCCGCGGCCUGCUUCCUGCUCAGGUGGCUCACGGGCGGGCUAGCCACGCCGGUGCACGCGCUGGCGGAGGGCGUGGGCGCGCUGCAGGGCGUGGUGGCGGAGGCCGUCUUCACCUUCAGCCUGCUCUUCGUCAUCUACGCCACCAUCCUGGACCCGCGGAAGCUGCUCCCGGGCGCCGGCCCGCUGCUCACUGGCCUCCUCGUCGGGGCCAACUCCGUCGCCGGCGCAGCCCUGUCCGGCGCCUCCAUGAACCCGGCCAGGUCCUUCGGGCCCGCCGUCGCCUCGGGCAUCUGGACGCACCACUGGGUGUACUGGGUCGGCCCGCUCGCCGGAGGCCCGCUCGCCGUGCUCGUCUACGAGUGCUGCUUCAUAGCGGCCGCUCCCACGCACGCCCUUCUGCCCCAGCAGGACCCAUGAUCAGCGUGUGCAUCGUGCGUUGGAUCGAUCGGAGUGUGAUUUGGUUUGAGCUGGCGACGCAUUGUGUUUGAGAUUGAUCGAGGACCGAAUACGUGUAUGCAUGCUGUCUCGGCCGGUCCGGUCUUUCGUGUGUGUGCACAGUAGCACACGCGGUAUAUAGUGUCCUCCUACGUAUGGGCUGUUUUUUCCUCAUGUUUUCCUUUGUUUGAGAAGGUUUCUUUUCAAGAACAAAACUGCAGAAUUUCUCGUGGGUCUACGUGUAUUUUUGCAUAAAAAACUAAGCUUGGAAAUAUGUU